AGCGUGGCGUCGCGCACGCGCUCUCCAUAGCUCUCUUCGACCUUUGACCUGCCGGCCGCCCUUGAGCCGGGGCCGCGAGGCGUGGAAGACGGAGCCCGCGCCCCCGAGGCAGAGCGGCUGCAAUGGCCAAGUACCUGGCCCAGAUCAUUGUGAUGGGGGCGCAGGUGGUGGGCAGAGCCUUUGCCCGGGCCCUGCGGCAGGAAUUUGCAGCCAGCCGGGCAGCAGCUGAUGCCCGGGGACGUGCCGGACACCAGUCUGCAGCCGCCUCUAACCUCUCCGGCCUCAGCCUACAGGAGGCACAGCAGAUUCUCAAUGUCUCCAAACUGAACCCUGAGGAGAUCCAGAAGAAGUACGAACACCUAUUCAAGGUGAAUGAUAAAUCUGUGGGCGGCUCCUUCUACCUGCAGUCAAAGGUGACAACAGCCACGUCAAUAAGAGAACUGAUAAACCUGAUUACAGACUUCCAUAAAGCCCCUACUAGAGGCAAGCCCACAGUGAGCACUGCAUGAAUGCCGACUGCCCUUUAUGCAGCCUUUACUCAGCAGAAUGGCUCCAGAUUUACUAAACGUCUGCUCCCUCACUGACCAGGAUGGAGCCACGUGAGGCUAUGGGCCUUUGAAGUGUGGCCACUCCAAAUUGAGAUGUGCUGUGAGUGUGAAAUACAUACCAGAUUCUGCAGACUUCAAA